GUCACGUUACGCUCUCUGACAGAAUAAUGGCACGCGGACGCUGCUCUCCUAGCAACCGUUAAACAACAAUCAAAACUGCUGCGGGUUUGAAAAUAUGGAGCAGUUUCCACCAAAAUUUAGUAAAGUGUUGGUGACACCUGACCCACAGUACAUCCCAGGGUAUGCAGGCUACUGUCCUCAGCUGAAGUAUCACGUGGGCCAGACGUAUGGUCAGUUAACAGCAAAGCUCCUAUCUUCCCCGGAGGUGUCUCACUCACAGAGGCUUGUGCUCCACACCGGGCGUUUCCCAUCCACAGAGGAGGACACAGGACCCCGCGAUGAAAUCUGGAGAAGCCGACAUGGAGGAAGAAGGAACCUGGAGAAAAUGAUUCCGGGAUACACAGGUUUUGUUCCAUUGCGUCAAAACUACUUCUGCAAAACAUAUGCAGAAACCUGUCGAGAUGCACUAUCAGAGUUCAGCCAGGAACAAGAAAAGAGACUGCGUGCAGCUUCUGCUGACCUGUCUUUUACUGUCAACGACAGCGUCCCAGACUUCAAACCUAAAAGAUUGAACAGUCCUCUUACAGCCAUAUCUAAAGAUCCUGCCCCCUACAAGGCCCCACACCCCUGGAAACCACAAGGCUCCCCAUACAUCAUGGAGGAAAGCAGCCCACAUAAGUAUUUCAUCUCAGGUUUUACUGGCUACGUCCCCAAAGCCCGUUUCCUCUUUGGUGCUGGAUAUCCCAUCAUCACCAACAAGGCACUGAUCCAGUUUGGGAAUGAAAUGAAUACAUGUCAGACCUCCUUCAACUUGCAAAGGAAGAAUUCCACCAGCUUGCCUCUGAUACCCACAAUAUACCCCUCUAAAACAGGGCUCUUACCCUCCUACAUGGGGCACGUACCAGGGUACAGAUUUCAAUAUGGCCAUACAUUUGGGCAGCUCACCCAUGAUGCUCUAGGUCACGUUGGUACACAGAGGAAGAACACAGAGGAAAACAGACUGGAGUGAAUCAGUUAUCACACAUAACCCAUCUAAGAACAAUUAAAGUCCUUUUGGUCAUCUAACAAGCAACUUGUAGCUGAGUUAGCAUUGUCAUAUUUCAUGAAAUUCACCAUAAUAAGUGGAAUUUUGAUUUUAAAGGAAUUGACACUGGCAAGUCAACUAAAAGAAAUAAAUUUUUCAAAAGCCUUUCUUCUGGCACACACAUACACAAAAGCACACAAUAUGAACAUUAAUGACUCAACAAAUCUUUAUUAUCACAAGGUUCCAAUCAGGCACAACUAUAAUAUCAGGAAAUAUAAAAACCACUGCCUUUAAAAUCAAACCAUUGUCUUCAAUGAGCUCGUGUCUGUCUUUGUGUCACUAACAUCAUGGGUCACGCAAAUGUAGUCAUCAACAAAUAUCACUACUGAACUAGUCCUUCUGUAGAAACAGGAAAUAUAGCUACUCAGCAUGCAUCUUUAUCAUAUAAAUUAGCUAUUUAAUUUAUUUCAUCAUGCAAAAAUGCAAUAAAACCAGCAAAAGUUGUAAUUCACAGAAUGCUAGG